CUUCGGUCAUUCUGAAAUACGGCAAGAAGCCCAAAGAGUCGGAAAUGAAAACAUGGCGGCUUCAUUGAUCUGCAGCGAGACAGUAAGCAGGGUGAGCUCUGUUCUGAACAGAGACGUCAAGCAGUUUGGAAAGAAGUACAUGUUCGAUUCCGACGAGGAAACGUGCUGGAACUCGGAUCAGGGCUCCCCCCAGUGGGUGUUAUUGGACUUCCCACAGGCCGUGAGGGUCUCGGAGCUGCAGGUGCAGUUUCAAGGCGGAUUUGCAGGGAAAACGUGCAGAGUGGAAGGUAUCGAUCUCACACGCCUACCGAGACUUCUUUGAUGAGCAUUUUUCAGUUUUGUUUUC